CACCAGACGCACACAGUCCCCUUCUUCGUCACGACACAAACGCGAGCAGCUCGAGCAUUGUCACCGAGGAGCGAGGGGACAAGACACAAGAGGAGAAAAACCCCUACGACCCACCGUCCCACCCCCAAGUGCCAAACCACAACGCCCCAGUUCCCUCCGUCCCUUCCCCUGCCGCCGAGAGCCGCCGCCCAGGAGAUCACGCGGCUCGUCGGUCAUGGAGUCCGUCUAGCCUCCGCUCGGCCGCGCCCGCUCCAAGCAGCCGCAGCGGUGAUCAGGAACUCAACUUAUUGCAGGUUGAGAUGAACCGUCCAUCGAAUUUCAUGCCUACUCCUGAACAGGAUGUUCUGGAUGUCAAGCCCUUGAGGACAUUGGCUCCAAUGUUCCCUGCACCCCUCGGUGUCAAUACAUUUAACCAGUCAACCACGCCACCAUUGGUAUUCGUCACUCCUGCUGGACAAUUUCAAGGGGGUUUUGAUGCUUGGAGCAAUUCUGCUGCUAAAUCAUUUUUCGCUUUCGGCGGUGAGGAUGCUAGUGGAGGGAAGGCUCACAAAUUUGGUGAUCAGAAUACUGGUGGUGGCAAGGCUCCCACUUUUGGUGAUCAGGAUGCUUUUGGUAGCCAGAAUAUCGCCACUGGUGUGCAGGAUGCUGCUGGAGGCCAGACUGCAACAGAUUGGACGUCAGAUGUGAGUGCCAAUCCUAAUGGCCCAAUUGACGCCACCCCCAUUUCAGCUUACAGGUCAACACAGCCUAAUGUUAUAUCACUGGAUGAUGAUGAUGAUGACGACGACGACGACGAUGAGCCUUAUGCUGCUAAAAAGACAUCAGCAUCUGGACGCAAGAUCAAGAGGCCAUCCCAUCUCAGCGGAUACAGUGUGAGCGAUGGUUUGGUAAGUGACAGCUCCAACAGCAUGAAGGUUAAGCGCCCCAAAUCCUCUCACAAGAAAGCUGUUGCUGACAGUGAGCAUGCCUUGCUUCCUCCAUCUGAUGAUCCUAGGGAAACUGUGGAGGCAGUUCUCAUGACCUUCGAGGCAUUGCGGCGUAGGCAUCUCCAAUUGGAUGAGGCACAAGAGACUAACAAACGUGCAGACCUGAAGGCUAGUGCCAUCAUGAUGUCCAAGAAUAUCAGGGCCAACUCUGGGAAGAGGAUAGGGGCUGUUCCUGGAGUUGAAAUAGGGGACAUUUUCUACUUCAGGAUGGAGCUAUGUAUUAUCGGACUUCAUGCUCCUAGCAUGGCCGGAAUUGACUAUAUGACUGCCAAGUUUGGUGAUGAGGAUGAUUCUGUUGCAAUAUGUAUUGUUGCUGCAGGUGUUUAUGACAACAAUGAUGAUGAUACAGAUGUACUGGUUUACAGCGGUUCAGGGGGUAAUAGCAAGAACAGUGAGGAGAGGCAUGACCAGAAGCUUGAGAGGGGUAACCUGGCUCUUGAAAGGAGCUUGUCCAGAAAGAAUGUAAUCCGUGUGGUUCGGGGCUAUAAGGAUCCAGGUUGCUUGUCUGGGAAGGUUUAUAUUUAUGAUGGCCUCUACAGGAUUCACGAGUCAUGGAAGGAGAAAACGAAGAGUGGAAUAUUUUGUUUCAAGUACAAGCUGCUGCGGGAGCCAGGACAACCUGAUGGGGUUGCAAUCUGGAAGAUGUCCCAGAAAUGGGUAGAGAAUCCAAUAACUAGAGGCAGUGUUUUACAUUCUGAUCUAUCAUCUGGUGCAGAAAAUCUCCCGGUGUUUCUUGUUAAUGACAUUGACAGUGAUAAAGGGCCACACCAUUUCACCUAUACCACUCGGGUCAAACACUUGAAACCACUCAGUUCUGUGAAACCUUUAGAGGCUUGCAGAUGCCUUAGUGUUUGUCUGCCUGGUGAUGCCAACUGCUGUUGUGCACAGCGUAAUGGAGGCAGCUUACCUUACAGCUCAUCAGGAUUGCUUGUAUGCCGCAAGAAUAUGGUUUAUGAAUGCGGUGAAUCCUGUCGGUGUUCUUUCAAUUGCCGUAACAGAGUGACUCAGAAAGGAGUUAGGAUCCACUUUGAGGUCUUUAAAACUGGAAAUCGAGGCUGGGGUCUUCGUUCAUGGGACGCUAUACGGGCUGGUUCAUUUAUAUGCGAGUAUGUUGGUGAGGUUAUUGAUGAUGCUAAAAUUGAUUUGAGUGAUAUUGAAGAUGAUUAUAUAUUUCAGACGUUGUGCCCUGGUGAGAGUACAUUAAAAUGGAAUUUUGGACCUGAGUUGAUAGGGGAGCAAAGCACAGAUAUUUCAGCUGAUACUUUUGAAACUCUACCCAUUAAGAUAAGUGCUAAAAGAAUGGGAAACAUCUCACGUUUCAUGAACCAUAGUUGUGCUCCUAAUGUCUUUUGGCAGCCAGUUCAGUUUGACAAUGAAGAUGAUCAUAGCCCACAUAUCAUGUUCUUUGCUUUGAAGCAUAUUCCUCCCAUGACAGAGUUGACUUAUGACUAUGGUGACAUUGGAGCUGAUUCUAGUGCACGGUCUCCUAGAGCAAAGAACUGCCUUUGUGGAUCCUCAAAUUGUCGGGGAUUCUUUAUCUGACUGUGGAAGAUUCAUAUUCUGUCUAUCAACGCUCAAAUCUACCAGCUAGAUCCUUUUUGGCGGCACCUGAAGGAAAAGUAGGACUGUUUGAACGGCUUGCGUCACUGUCUUUGUGGAUUGAAUUAUUAAUGUCGAGCUUUUAGAUGCCCAUUCAGCAAUUAACGUGCUACUGUUCUUUCGUGGGGGAAGAAUGUCGGUCUUGACAGAUCAAUUUUGUAUAGUUUGUAGACUUGUAGAGCAUUCAGUGCCUGCUAAUCUUGUGCACUGUAAGUCUUUUGGCGCUUCAGGUGGUUUAACUGAAGUUACUGAACCCUUGUCGUCAACUAUGAAUUCAAUUAGGAUAUUCAGAUUACCGCUGGUAUGCUGACAUAUGAUGGUUUAAUGGUUAUCUGAACCUUCUCUUUUUUUAAAAAAAAAAGUUAGUUUCUUG